CCGCCUAUAGUUCAGACAUUCACACAGUACCAAGCACGCGUGCUCAGUGGUGGCGUUAACGUCCAAUUUUACGAUAAGUUCCGAUAAUAAGUUCGUGUUUGAUUGUAUAUAUAAAGGAGACUUUAUGAAUUACAUGAAGAUCAAAAUGUAUGAUGGUUAGAAGAUAUUGAUGACAAGUCACGUUGGGACAUCGCCAGUUGUUAAUGAUUUUUAUUGAGACUGCUGUUUGUACCUCUUAACGAUGUCAAAUGUCGAGGUGAACGUCGACAAUAACAUGAAUAAGACUGAUGUUAAAAAUAAUAAGCUCGACAUUGCAUAUCCCACUAGGGACGUGGAAAAAGGAAGUCGUGAAGCAAGCAGUGCUCAAAUACCGUGGAAGAGCGUCAUCAUAAUGGUGCUUGCGUUAGCUGUACUAGUCGCCGCGAGCGCAGUGGCUUGGGUGCUUCAAGGAUGGCAAACAACUCUAAUUGUACUGGCUGUUGUGAUUCCAGUGUAUUUAUUAAUUUAUUACCGGAGAUUCCUCUACGUCGUUGUGAAAACUGCGCCCAGGGAUUUAUCGGCAUUAUACUGUUACAUAAAAAUAUUGCGACUCGCUAAUAAAUUCACGAAAACUGACUGGUCUAUGCCGGAUAUUUUCCACGAUGUUGUUAAACGGCAUCCAAAUAAGGCUUGCUUCUUAUUUGAAGACGAAACAUGGACUUUCCAGCAGGUGGAAGAUUUCAGUCUUCGCGUAUCAGCAGCAUUAAAGGCUCAAGGGAUCAAGAAAGGUGAUACAGUGGCUGUAAUGGCCAGUAAUUAUCCCGAAAUGCCGUCAAUGUGGCUUGGCAUCACCCGCAUCGGGGGAAUAGCUCCAUUGAUUAACACAAAUCAAACUGGAAACACACUUCUUCAUUCGAUUAAUAUAGCAAAGUGCGAUGCUUUUAUUUAUGGCAGCGAAUUUGAAACCGUCGUAAAUGAAGUAAGAAAAGAGCUGAACCCAUCAUUACGUCUUUUCAAAUUCACACGUCGGCCAUUGAACACAUCGAACGACAGUGUGAAAGUUGCUGAGUCGGCGAGCGACUUGACGCAUUUGCUUGAAACAACCGCACCGGCUCCCUGGAGCCCUGCUGAAGGUGAAGGCUUCAAUGGCAGGCUGCUUUACAUUUACACAUCUGGCACGACGGGUCUGCCGAAAGCGGCCGUCAUUUCGCCUUCAAGAAUGUGCUUCAUGGCAUCAGGCGUACACUACUUGGGAAGUUUAAGAAAGACCGAUGUUAUUUACUGUCCAAUGCCUUUGUAUCAUUCUGCGGGAGGCGUGAUCACAAUGGGCCAGGCGUUCAUCUUCGGCUGUACCGUUGCUUUACGCACCAAGUUCUCAGCGUCUCAGUACUUCCCUGAUUGUAUCAAAUUCAAAGCUACAGCUGCUCACUACAUCGGUGAAAUGUGCCGCUACAUCCUUGCUACUCCUCCCACGGCUACAGAUAGACAACAUACAGUUCGCACAGUGUACGGAAACGGGAUGAGACCAACGGUGUGGAAUGAUUUUGUUGAACGGUUUGGAAUAAAGAAGGUUGUCGAAUUUUACGGCGCUACUGAAGGAAACGCAAACAUAGUUAAUAUUGACAACAAGCCAGGUGCCAUUGGUUUCAUAUCGCGAAUCAUCCCCGCAGUAUAUCCCAUAGCCAUUAUUAAAGUAGAUGAAGAAACUGGGGAACCUAUCAGGGAUUCCAAAGGCUUAUGUCAGUUGGCAAAACCGAACGAACCAGGAGUAUUUAUUGGGAAAAUAAAACCGAACAAUCCUUCGAGAGCGUUUUUGGGCUACGUCGACAAAGAAGCUUCAGAAAAGAAGAUUGUUAGAGACGUACUCAGUCACGGCGAUUCCGCAUUUAUAUCUGGUGAUAUACUAAUAUCCGACGAGUUCGGUUACCUCUACUUCAAGGAUCGUACUGGGGACACCUUCCGCUGGAGAGGCGAAAACGUGAGCACUACGGAGGUGGAGGCUGCUAUAUCCAGGGUAGCUGAUCAGCGAGACGCUGUUGUGUUUGGUGUUGAGAUUCCCAACAAUGAGGGGCGAGCGGGAAUGUGUGGAAUCGUGGAUACUGAUGGAAGUUUAGAUUUGGAUAAACUGUUAAAAGACAUGUCAAAGGACUUGCCGAAAUAUGCUAGACCAAUAAUCCUCAGGACAAUGAAGAUCAUGGAUAUGACUGCAACAUUUAAAAUAAGGAAAGUGGACCUACAAAAGGAGGGAUACAAUCCAUCUGUAAUAAAAGACAAGCUUUACUAUUUAGAUCCAAAGUUAAAUAAAUAUGUUAGCCUAGGACCCGAGGAAUAUGAAAAAAUUAUGUCCGGACAAAUAAGACUGUGAUUAUUAAUUUAUUUAAUGAAUGCAAUGUGGUGCCUUUACCGUGUAUUUAGAUAAACUUUGUAUUAUACACUUUAAUUAAGUUCAAACAUAUUUGUGGCCUUUGUGGCUAAUUACUCUAUCAAUGUGCAUUUGAAUUUAUAUCUACGAUUUAUACUUAAUUGACAAUUUUAUAUCAAAAUGAAAUAAAUUUUAUGUGUAUACAGGGAUCCAACCGCAUUCAAAAUGCAUGAAUUAACUAAUAAGAAUGUAUAAGUAUAAAUGUAUAAAAUGUUUCUAAGCUCAAUUAAUUUUAGGACACAAAGAGGAUAAUUAUUGUAUGUUUCAGAUAGUUGGCCUUAACAAACAAUAGAUUAUUAUUUUAUGAUGGGCACGAGGAUAUUUUGGUACCUAAUUAAUUCCUCUAGAAUAAGAAAAUAUUUAUAGCGGUACAAUACUGAAAAUAUAUCUUUAUGAAUA